AUGUCCACGAAGGGAGGGGCAUUGCCGUGGCUGCUUAGUGGCCGAUAUUUCUCAUCAAUUCUUGCACCGGCUGGUGUGUACGUGUGUGGCUUGGAAGAAAGAGGAGUCGAGAGCAUCUGUUCGUGCUUCCUGCAGCACGCUCAGCUCAUCACUGUGCUCACCCUUCACUCCACCCCGUUCCCCGCUCGUGUUAGAUCCAUUCCCCGUUCAUAG